GCCACACUUUCAAGGUCAUCAAGAACAGUCUUGAUGCCAUCACUUAUCUCCUCAUUCAGGAUAACACAAAGAUGGCAAGUCGGACUAAAUACUGCACCUCAAGAAUAAAAUCAUUCGUCAUUCCAUUAGCAAACUACACCCUCGAGUCUGACUACUUUUUUCCAGCUGCUAGGGAUAGUGGGAAAGUUAAAGGGGAUGACAUCUGAUAAGGUGGCCUCAGAGUGUAUAUUGAAGCUAUACCAUGAUGGACAAGUGGAGACAAUAAACAAAACUGAUUCUCAACAACUUAAACAAUAUGUUGUCCAUUUCACUGCUGGUAACACUGAAAAUUAUGCACAGUAUUGCAACAUUGCAACAUUUGUUCCAACUAGUGAAGACACCCCACUCAAGCGUGCAGAGUGGAUCAAGUACUUGGGUGUUUUCUCAAACCAAGAGAGCAGAGCCAACUUAGUAUAUGAUGCAAUAAAGGGAAACUAUUUGUGUUUGAGUAAAGCGGCAACAACCAAGUCUAGUUCAUCUAAACCAACAGUCGCUUGGGUGGAGUAUGACAAUAAUGAGGUGUGGUCUUUCACAAAAGAGGACUACAAGCUAAAGAUUGUGCAGGAUGCCGGUGGAGUGAACGUCGACGAAUCCAUUAAUAAGAUUACAUACAACAUGUCAAUGCCUGAUGACAUUGAAGAUUUUCAUGCCAUCUUAUGUACUGUUGAUGUAGUGAUUGAUGAAACAUACGCAUCUGAUCCAACGGCAUACAAUGUCUCCACGUUUCUUGGAAACGUUGGCGUGGAAGAUCAAUCUUGCUUCACUUUCAUUUCGAACCGAAGCUUGUGGAGAUACGAUAAAAGAGUACAGAACGACACAGUUCUCGAUUGGUAUGAUGGAGCUGUUUCUCAGCCCCAGUUGGUCCUAGCAGAUAUCAUUGAAGCUUUAUUUCCUUCAGAGAGUUACAAAACCACAUACUUCAGAAAUAUAGCAAAGGGAGAAGGGAUUAUAAGCAUCAGCCCAGAGAUGUGUGAAAGAGAUGUUUAUGCCGCGAUGGAGCCGACGAUUGUAGCUUGCGAGUAGAAAAAGUUGUGUCCAUUUUUUGGGGUUGGAAGAAACUCAUUCAUUCUAUUAUCCUCUCACUUUGGGGCAUUGUCCAAUCUGAAUAAUGUGAAGUGAAUGUGCCCAUGUGAAUUAUACUACUUGCAUUAUGAACAUAGGAUCAAAUAAAUCCUUCUGAAAAGGAUACUCACAAUUUGUAUUAUUUCCAUGAAAACGAGCAAUUUGGGGAAAACACAAAACUUUAUAAAGACUUCAUGGGUAAAUGGCACUGGGUACAUUAUUAUUAAGUCAUGAACACACAAUUAGUGCAUCUUCCUUUGAACCCCCAAAAUAUGUCCAUCAUAAUUAGCGGAAAUCCGGGUCCAAGAUGACAAAGCCCAAAGGUCCACCUCCAAUACACACAAGAAGUUUGAGAGAAGCUGCUUAAAAAAGAGAAAAAGAGAGAGACGUGUGAGAUAGAAGAGCCGAAGACUCCCUCUCCUACGUUGGGACGGCUUCUUCAAGCAUAGCUGGAGCCGGAGAAUGCACAGCAAGAAAUCAGCGUCAAGAACCCUAAUCCAAGACGGAAGAGGCAAAGCUAGCGCCUAUAAAUUCAAGGAGACGCUGCGAAGAACAUCACCACCACCAAUCAAGAAGAAAAUCAGAGCUCAAUCCAAAGGGUAUGAACCCUAGGGGGUUCGGAUCUUGCAUCCGAAACCCCCUUUUUGUUAUCUUCUUUUGUAGUUUUCUUUUUUUUUACGACUUUAGUUGAUCUUUCUUUUCAAUUUGGUUUCCUUUUGUUCUGUUCUUGAUUUUUCAAUUUAUCAAAACUUCUACUUGAGAGUUACUUUGUUUUGCUAUAAAUAGUGUGAAGGGAAUUUGUCAUAAGUGCUGCGAAUAGAGAUUUUUAUGGUGA